GGGCCGCCACCGCCUCUGAGCCGCGCCGAGCGCACGGAGCUCAGCCGCGUCGCUGCGGCCCCGGUCGCGCCAUGGGGAAGGAGCAGGAACUGGUGCAGGCGGUGAAGGCGGAGGACGUGGGGACCGCGCAGAGGCUGCUGCAGAGGCCGCGGCCCGGAAAGGCCAAGCUCCUGGGCUCCACCAAGAAGAUCAAUGUCAAUUUCCAAGACCCAGAUGGCUUUUCUGCCCUGCACCACGCGGCCCUGAAUGGCAACACAGAAUUGAUCACCCUGCUGCUGGAGGCCCAGGCUGCUGUGGACAUCAAGGACAACAAAGGCAUGCGGCCGCUACACUAUGCGGCCUGGCAGGGCCGGAAGGAGCCCAUGAAGCUGGUGCUGAAGGCGGGCUCAGCGGUGAAUGUCCCGUCUGAUGAGGGCCACAUCCCCCUGCACUUGGCAGCCCAGCAUGGUCACUACGACGUGUCUGAGAUGCUGCUCCAGCACCAGUCCAACCCGUGCAUGGUGGACAACUCGGGGAAGACGCCCCUGGACCUUGCCUGUGAGUUCGGCCGCGUUGGGGUGGUCCAGCUGCUCCUGAGCAGCAACAUGUGUGCGGCCUUGCUAGAGCCCCGGCCAGGGGACACCACUGACCCCAAUGGCACCAGCCCCCUGCACCUGGCAGCCAAGAAUGGCCACAUCGACAUCAUCAGACUCCUCCUCCAAGCUGGCAUUGACAUUAACCGCCAGACCAAGUCCGGCACGGCCCUGCACGAGGCCGCACUCUGUGGGAAGACGGAAGUGGUUCGGCUGCUGCUCGAUAACGGGAUCAAUGCCCACGUGAGGAACACCUACAGCCAGACGGCCCUGGACAUCGUGCACCAAUUCACCACCUCCCAGGCCAGCAAGGAGAUCAAGCAGCUGCUGCGAGAGGCCUCGGCAGCCCUGCAGGUCCGGGCUACCAAGGAUUAUUGCAACAAUUACGACCUGACCAGCCUCAACGUGAAAGCCGGGGACAUUAUCACAGUCCUCGAGCAGCAUCCAGACGGCCGGUGGAAGGGCUGUAUCCAUGACAACAGGACAGGCAAUGACCGUGUGGGCUACUUCCCGUCCUCCCUGGGCGAGGCCAUCGUCAAGCGAGCAGGUUCCCGAGCAGGUGCCGAACCAAGCCCACCCCAGGGAGGCAGCUCAGCAGGGCCCUCUGCACCCCCCGAGGAGAUCUGGGUGCUGAGGAAGCCAUUCACAGGCGGGGACCGCAGUGGCAGCUUGAGCAGUGUGGCCAGUGGCCGGAGCAGCGGGGGCCACACCCUGCACGCAGGCUCUGAAGGGGUCAAGCUCCUGGCCACGGUGCUCUCCCAGAAGUCUGUCUCCGACUCCAGCCCCGGGGACAGCCCUGUCAAGCCUCCGGAGGGCUCUUCAGGUGCCACCCGGUCCCAGACUCCAGUGACCCAUGCCGGGCAGGUCUAUGGGGAGCAGCCACCCAAGAAGCUGGAGGCAGCAUCAGAGGGCAAGGGCGCCGAGGCUGUCAGCCAGUGGCUUGCCACAUUCCAGCUGCAGCUCUACGCCCCCAACUUCAUCAGCGCCGGCUAUGACCUGCCCACCAUCAGCCGCAUGACCCCCGAGGACCUCACGGCCAUCGGGGUCACCAAGCCAGGCCACCGGAAGAAGAUCACUGCAGAGAUCAGCGGCCUGAGCAUCCCCGACUGGCUGCCUGAGCACAAACCUGCUAACCUGGCCGUGUGGUUGUCCAUGAUUGGCCUGGCUCAGUACUACAAGGUGCUGGUGGACAACGGCUACGAGAACAUCGACUUCAUCACCGACAUCACCUGGGAGGACCUGCAGGAGAUCGGCAUCACCAAGCUGGGACACCAGAAGAAGUUGAUGCUGGCAGUGAGGAAACUGGCAGAGCUGCAGAAGGCAGAGUACGCCAAGUAUGAGGGGGGACCCCUGCGCCGGAAGGUACCACAGUCACUUGAAGUGAUGGCCAUCGAGUCGCCACCCCCGCCCGAGCCUGCCCCAGCUGACUGCCAGUCUCCUAAGAUGACCACCUUCCAGGACAGUGAGCUCAGUGGUGAGCUGCAGGCUGCUCUGACGGGCCCGGCUGAAGGGGCUGCCGCUGCCGCUGCCGCUGCCCCUACUGAGAAGCCCUCCAACCACCUGCCGCCCACCCCAAGGGCCUCCAUGCGGCAGGAGCCCAGCCUGGGUGGGCGGGCACGGCACAUGAGCAGUUCUCAGGAGCUGCUGGGCGACGGGCCCCCAGGGCCUGGCAGCCCCAUGUCACGAAGCCAGGAGUACCUGCUGGAGGAGGGGCCGGCCCCGGGUACCCCCCCCAAGGAGGCCCGGCCCAGCCGCCACGGCCACAGCGUCAAGCGGGCCAGUGUGCCCCCAGUGCCUGGCAAGCCGCGGCAGGUCCUUCCACCAGGUACCAGCCACUUCACGCCCCCCCAGACUCCCACAAAAGCCCGGCCAGGCUCCCCGCAAGCCCUGGGGGGGCCUCAUGGCCCAGCCCCAGCCACAGCCAAGGUGAAGCCCACCCCACAGCUGCUGCCACCAAUGGAGCGACCCAUGUCACCUCGCUCGCUGCCUCAGUCACCCACACACCGUGGCUUUGCCUACGUGCUGCCCCAACCCGUGGAGAGCGAGGCAGGGCCGGCUGCUCCGGGGCCUGCGCCUGCGGCUGUGCCCGUGCCUGUGCCCACACUGUGCCUGCCCCCUGAGGCCGAUGUGGAGCCAGGGCGGCCCAAGAAGCGCGCCCACAGCCUGAAUCGCUACGCGGCGUCCGACAGCGAGCCGGAGCGGGACGAGCUGCUGGUGCCUGCUACCGCGGGGCCCUACGCCACAGUCCAGCGGCGCGUGGGCCGCAGCCACUCGGUGCGGGCACCCGCUGGCGCUGACAAGAACGUCAACCGCAGCCAGUCGUUUGCUGUGCGGCCGCGAAAGAAGGGCCCCCCCCCACCCCCGCCCAAGCGCUCCAGCUCAGCCAUGGCCAGUGCCAACCUGGCUGAUGAGUCAGUGCCAGAUGCGGAGACCGAGGGGGCUGGGACCGAGGACGGCCGGCUGGGGGUCCGGGCACAGCGCCGGCGGGCUAGUGACCUGGCUGGCAGCGUGGACACAGGAAGCGCUGGCAGCGUGAAGAGCAUUGCAGCCAUGCUCGAGCUGUCGUCCAUUGGGGGUGGAGGCCGGGCAGCCCGCAGGCCCCCUGAGGGCCACCCCAUGCUUCGCCCCGCCAGCCCGGAGCCAGGCCGGGUGGCCACGGUGUUGGCCUCGGUGAAGCACAAGGAGGCCAUUGGGCCUGACGGCGAGGUGGUGAACCGGCGCCGCACACUGAGUGGGCCUGUCACGGGACUUCUGGCCACUGCUCGCCGGGGUCCGGGAGAGGCAGGGGGGCCUGCAGAUCACGGCCACUUUGUGGAAGAUGGCGCUACCCGGCAGCGGCCUCGAGGUCCAGCCAAGGGUGAGGCAGGUGUGGAGGGCCCACCACUGGCCAGGGUGGAGGCCAGCGCCACGCUCAAGAGGCGCAUCCGAGCCAAGCAGAGCCAGCAGGAGAACGUCAAGUUCAUCCUCACUGAGUCCGACACGGUCAAGCGCCGACCCAAGGCCAAGGAGAGGGAGGCAGGUCCCGAGCCUCCCUUACCGCCGCUGUCCGUGUACCAGAAUGGAACAGGCACUGUGCGCCGCCGUCCAGCCUCUGAGCAGGCUGGGCCCCCAGAGCUGCCCCCGCCACCGCCACCCGCUGAGCCCCCGCCCUCUGACCUCUUGCACCUGCCCCCACUGCCCCCGCCAGACAGUGAUGCCCGGAAGCCAGCCAAGCCACCUGUCUCUCCCAAGCCCAUUCUGGCUCAGCCCGUGCCCAAGAUCCAGGGCUCGCCCACGCCUGCCUCCAAGAAGGUGCCACUGCCAGGUCCUGGCAGCCCAGAGGUGAAGCGUGCGCACGGCACGCCGCCGCCCGUGUCUCCCAAGCCGCCGCCACCGCCCACGGCGCCCAAGCCGGCCAAGGCAGCGGCGGGGCUGCAGUCGGGCAGCGUCAGCCCGUCGCCCUCGCCGGCACGCCAGCCGCCUGCUGCCCUCACCAAGCCCGCCAGCACGCCGCCCUCGCUGAGUGCCAGCCCGGCCAGGCCCCCGUCCCCCGGUGUGCCCGCGCUGCACGUGCCCGCCAAGCCGCCGCGCGCUGCCGCAGCGGCAGCCGGGCCCCCCGCCGCACCCGACGGCGCCUCGCCGGGGGACAGCGCCAGGCAGAAGCUUGAGGAGACUAGCGCGUGCCUGGCGGCCGCGCUGCAAGCUGUAGAAGAGAAGAUCCGGCAGGAGGACGCGCAAGGCUCGCGCCCUUCGGCCGCCGAGGAGAAGAGCACCGGCAGCAUCCUGGACGACAUUGGCAGCAUGUUUGACGACCUGGCCGACCAGCUGGACGCCAUGCUGGAGUGACGCGGCCGCCUAAGUUGGACCCACCCGCGCCGCCUGGGCUCCGGCCCGCACACUGACCUUUACCUCAGGAUGGGUACCUCCGGGGGCGGCGCGAGCGGGCAGGG